AUGUCACCCAGUGCGGGCCAGAAUGGCGGUUGGACCUUCGUGAGCCGUGAGGGCGGCACCUGCCCUCCUUCCCAGCCCAGGGCUUUUACACCCCCGCGGUGUGAGCAGCAGGGUCGUGGGAUGGGGCUGUGGGAUACACGGGAGCGCCUCAGCUCUGGCGCUCCCAGGCAUGAGCAGACGAGGCCUAAAAUGUCAUUCCCCUGCUGUGAAGAGGCAGUUCCUGCUAAAACUGUGAUGGCAGUUGGACUUGGAAUUGCAACUGUUGCAUUUGCAGGUCGUUAUGCUUUCCACCUUUGGAAACCAUUGGGGCAGGCAAUAACAGAGACAGCAAAGAGGAUUUCAACUUCUAGUCUUUCAUCAUACUAUAAAGGAGGAUUUGAACAGAAAAUGAGUAGGCGAGAAGCUAGUCUUAUUUUAGGUGUAAGUCCAUCUGCUGGCAAGGCCAAAAUCAGAACAGCCCAUAGAAAAAUCAUGAUUUUGAAUCAUCCUGAUAAAGGUGGAUCGCCUUACUUAGCAACAAAAAUAAAUGAAGCAAAAGAUUUGUUGGAAUCCAGUGCCAAAAACUGA